GGAGAAUAAUCCUAUUUUUAUUAUAUAAAAAAAAGCCUAAUGACAGUGACGUGGCAUCAUUCUCAGAGACAAAAAGAACCCAAAAGAAAGACCCAAUGCGGAAGCGACUAGUGAACAAGCAUGAGCUCAGCCAGUGAAAGCCCAGAUAAGGCCACUGCUAACAACCCUAUAAAGCACCCAAACAGCCGUAUCGCAGUCUUGACUUCUCACUUCACCACCACCAUGUCCUCCGAGAAAGACGCCGCUCUGGCCGCCGCUGCGGCGCCUCCCUCCGCCGAUUCCCCCACCAUAUUUGACAAAAUUAUCAACAAGGAGAUCCCAGCUAAAGUUGUUUAUGAGGAUGAUAAGGUUCUUGCUUUUAGGGACAUUGCUCCUCAAGCACCUACGCACAUUCUACUUAUUCCAAAAGUCAAGGAUGGUUUAACUGGACUAUCCAAGGCUGAGGAGAGGCAUUGUGAGAUUCUAGGCCAGCUGCUUUACACUGCCAAGCUCGUUGCAAAGCAGGAAGGGCUUGAAGAUGGUUAUAGGGUUGUGAUCAACGAUGGACCAAAUGGAUGCCAAUCUGUCUAUCACCUUCAUCUUCACCUCCUAGGUGGACGUCAAAUGAACUGGCCUCCUGGCUAAAGAUGGAUUUCGAGCACAAGGAGCCAAGCAGCGGGCGAAGAUUUUCAAUUUAUGGCUGUAUCAUUUGCCUCAUUGGGUAAAACCCAAAAACAGAUUUCAAGAACCAGUAUCUGGCAAUUUAUCUAAAUAAUGUUGAAAGAUAUUGUGAUGGAGUUGUGUUCAUCAGCUGAGCUACAAUGGCAAAAACUUAUUUAUGGAA